AUGGAACAAAUUGCAACACGGCAUGCCAUCCGUCUCGCACAAUCCCGGCCCGCGUCCCUCUCUCGUACACUCUACAAACCUACCUCCCAACAUAUCCGACACCGCAGCAAUGACUCCAAAGACGACGACCAAGUGUUUCCACUAACCGGCUACUACGCCGACAUCCUCUCCUCGCGCCGCACCCUAAAAGACGAACUGCGCAACACACCCACCAGCAAAACCCAACCGCAAACCCACACAGCACCCUCCCCUCCUCCCGCCGAGUCCCUCCCCAAAACCGACAAAGAGGAAACCCUCCAAAAAGCACGCAUAGUAUUCGGAUCGCGUCUUUCCGGGCCCAGCGAGCGCAAAGACGAGAUAGAGGCAAACAGUAAAGAAAUCGCAGGCAUAUCUGUGCCGCCAAAACCUAAAGAACCAGAUGGAGACGAUUGUUGUAUGAGUGGAUGUGUAAAUUGCGUCUGGGAUAUCUAUCGCGAGGAAUUUGAAGAGUGGAGGGCGAAGACUAAGGAAGCGAGGGCGAAGAUGGAGGCACAGCGAGCCCAACAACAACAACAACCGCAGAAAGUUGAUAUUCCUGCUUCGCUGGCAAGUAGUAUGGAUGAUGAUGGAGACGAGGAAGAGUUGGAUCCGUUUGCCAAUGUACCCGUUGGCAUGAGAGAGUUCAUGCGUACGGAAAAAAUGUUGAAGCAGAAACGUGCGGAGAAGGGUUCGAAAGGUGGAUUUAUGGAUAUACGUUCGACUUGA